AUGAAUAUUACAGGCCGGAGAACGCUUACUCAAGAUGACUACACUAUAGGCUGGAUCUGCGCUCUACCUUUCGAGUACCAUGUCGCCCGGGAGUUUCUAGACGAAGAGCAUAAUGGGCCUCAAGAUGUAUCUCCUCAUGAUAACAACCUCUAUACGCUUGGUAGAAUUGGAGAUCAUAACAUUGUAAUAGUGGCCCCCCCGAAUGGUGAUGGAAAUGGGCUGUCAUCUACGGCGGUCGUUAUUAAGUGCCUGCUGGACAGUUUCUUCAACAUCAAAGUCGGUCUACUGGUUGGAAUCGGUGGCGGUGCUCCUAGUUUCAAGCAUGACAUCCGCCUUGGCGACAUUGUCGUGGUGUUAUUGCAUACGGCUGUUACCACACUACAAUCGAUAAGAACGCUUGGUGAUCGAAUUCAUAAAGCAGUUGAUUUUCUUUUUGUUAAAAGUCCACAGCUACUAAGAUCCUUUAAGCGACCUGAAGCAACCUCUGAUAGACUCUACCGAACUUCAGUUACGCACCCAGCGGAAGGCGGGGCCGAGUGCUCAACGGUUUGCGGCAAUGAUCCAUCAAGCCUUAUCAAGCGGCAUGAUCAGGGCGAACGUGAUAAUGGCCCGGAGAUCCACUAUGGUCUAAUUGCCUCAGCUAAUACACCGAUAAAGGAUGCUUCUGUUCGCGAUACACUUGUUGAAAAGAAGGACGUCCUUUGCUUUGAAACGGAAGCAGCCGGAUUAAUGAACGACUUUCCAUGUCUAGUUGUUCGUGGAAUCUGCGAUUACUCCGACUCACAUAAAAAUGACCAACAACCCAAAUGUUCAAGAUAG